AUGGAGGGCACCAGUGACGCGAAACCGGAUGACCAGCUCGGCGAGGAGUAUUUCAGUAACCGGAACUCUCCCAUGGCCAGCCUCGAGGUAGUGAAUUGCAUUGCGGCACUUCGGAAAGGCGAUGAAGCAGGAACCAACCAGAGAUAUUCACACAUACUACUUGCCAUGCAAAUGUGGUCCUGGAACACGCAACCCAAUUCGCAUGCGCAACGCAAGUUCAUCGAACUUAUAUUCGAUCGAACUGGAAAGUAUGCCAACUGGGACCCACCCUCCGAAAUUCAGGUUGGGUCGUACGGAAGGAUUGACAAGGCCACGGGGAACUUGUCGUCGAAGGCAACAUCUACUCAGAUAAAUUCAGGCAUUCUCUCAUCAGUGCAGCAUCAUGCUAAAGACUGUCCGGAUGAGACUGAAUUCACGACUUGGUCUAAGAACGUGAAACGCAUCGAGAUGAACGUCGAUUCUUAUGCAGGUGUACCUGGGAUUGCCGCAGCAAGUAUCAAAGGGACAUGGCAGGUUAAGAAAGGCACCACUGGCGCUGUCUUGCUCAUGAAUAACCCUCGCAUGAAACACAUCACGUCUGACGUUCUUGGGAAGCUCGCGAGCAUCAAAUUUCUUCAGACCAUGCAUCUCGUAACAAAGGUGUUUUAUUGUCCUGCGUUCUCUUGUGCAGGCGGCGAGAAGAUCAGUAUGGCUCUUGUAGCUUCCGCACCCGUUGUAGCGCCCGUAGGCACUCUUGAAACAAAGGCUUCGAUGAGAUGGUGGAGUGACACACAAACUGGAUUGGCACGUCACGGAUGCAAGACGGAGCAUUGCUUUACCCCCUUGUAUGAACUUUUACAUGUCAGGCACCCUCGUAACAGGCGGUCGUCGCCAUCCCCAGAACGCACAGGCGAACAGUUGUGGGUUCCCGCUCCCGUCCCGUGGGCACCUCUCCUCGAGGACGGCUACAGAGGUGCCAAUAUACAUCAACUUAAGAACUCUUUGCACAGGAGAAUACAGAUUCCAGUGACUCUGAGGAAGAAUGAGGUCGUCAAGAGUAUACCAGAAACAACACGACUGUCACACGGACUGCACAUUGUAGAUAGUUUCAAUACCACCCAGAUCUGGACAGCUAACAAGAGCGAUCAACGUUUCACUGUUCCAGUGGAAUCUGCCUACGCACUGUCUAUACAGCCCGAUACAACGCUACCUGCAGCGCGCGUGCAAUCCAAUCGCCCUAGACCACCAAUUAUGCUGUAA